CAUCUUUCCACUGUGACAGACACAGACACAGACACAGUCAUCGAAUAGAACGAAACGCAAAACCGCACUUCAUUAUACGACACUCCACUUCGGCAGUUCCUAUUCUUCCUUUCUUUCCCAAAAACUCACCCACCACAAAGAAACCAACACCUUUCCUUUCUUCUUCUUCUUCUUCACCCUCAUCGAUUCUACACAAAUUAGGGUUCACAAAACCUCAUAAUUCAUCAUCAUCAUCAUCAUCAUCAUCAUCAUCAUCAUCAUCCACACUCACAAAAAAAUAGAAAAAAAACUGCUUAUAGAGAAGUUUGAAAGUGAGGAAUUGUUGAUUUUUUUUCUGUGACCCUUUUUGGUUUGAAGUCUGUCACAGGGGAAGAAAGAUGGAAAUGAUGCCGUACCAGCUUUACCGGUUGCCUUACCAUGAUUCCCUCAAAUUGCUUGAGGCUGAUAUACAACACGCCAAUGCUUUGGCUGCUGCAAUUCCCAGAGCCAAGGGUGGGAGUGUUCUUCAAAUGAAAUUGGUUUAUAGUCACUUGGCUCCUCUCUUUCUAUUGUUCUUAGAGUGGAUGGAUUGUUCUUGUGCAUACUUUCUUCACAGAUAUCUCAGCCUCUUCCACAUACUUAUUUACAAGGUACAUAAUGAUGGUAGAUCAAGUAUAACUUCUCAUGGAAGAAAGGCAACCAUUCAGGACUUUUAUGCCGUUAUACUGCCAUCCCUCCAGCGGCUUCAUGGCAGCUUGGAGAAGUUGGAGAUUUGCAUGAAAGGGUCCUCUACCAUGGAGUUCUCAAGUUAUGGCAGGAAGAUGAUUGAAGGAAAUGGGAAAUUAAUCAAUGUCGAUUUGGAAAGAGAAGAUGAAUGUGGGAUAUGCUUAGAGCCUUGCACCAAAAUGGUUUUGCCUAAUUGCUGUCAUGCUAUGUGUAUCAAAUGCUACCGCAAGUGGAACACGCGAUCGGAGUCUUGUCCAUUUUGUCGUGGUAGCUUAAGGAGAGUUAAUUCUGAGGAUCUAUGGGUACUCACUUGUAAUGAAGAUGUUGUUGAUGCUGAAACAGUUUCCAGGGAGGACUUGCUGCGUUUUUACCUUUAUAUCAAUAGCCUACCUAAGGAUUAUCCAGAUGCACUUUUCUUAAUGUAUUAUGAAUACUUGAUUUGAUUCUUACUGAAUGAGGAGAAAACUGUACAGAUAGGGAAAACUGCAAAUGUGAUUAGUAGAGUCUGGUUAGAAAUAUCUCUGGUGAUGUCAGGCACAAGGCACAAUUCUGAGAUGAUAAAUUUCUUGAUUUUAGCUCAGAAGGCUCAUGCUUGACCUAUGAUAUGUGUAGUUGUUUAAGUUCCAUUAGCUGAAGUUUCCUAAGGAACUCAUUCAGAUGUAAUGGUCCAUUAUCCUAUGACUACAUAAUACAUGUAUGUUCUUCAGAAAGAUGUGAAUCAAUGGGAGUCAGUUAUAUUA